AUGUCUAGUACAUCACAGAAACAUCGUAAUUUUGUAGCUGAACCUAUGGGAGAGAAGCCUGUCACGGAUUUAGCAGGAGUAGGAGAAGUUCUUGGAAAACGAUUGGAAACUGCUGGUUUCGAUAAGGCUUAUGUUGUUUUGGGACAGUUUUUAGUCCUAAAAAAAGACAAGGAGUUAUUUCAAGAAUGGAUGAAAGAAACCUGCAGUGCCAACUCCAAGCAAUCUGCAGAUUGUUAUCAAUGUCUUAAAGAUUGGUGUGAUGAAUUUUUG